AUGCUGAGCUCAGGCCUGCGAAUUCCCCUGCUCCCCCCCUUCCUCCUCCUGUUGCUCACAGCCAUGCAACUGAGCUGGUCCUUUACAAGUGAGGACAAGAAGUUGAUCGUGGACCUGCACAAUCAGUACCGGACUAAGGUUUCGCCUCCAGCUGCAGACAUGAGGAAAAUGAACUGGGAUCCAGAACUGGAAACCUUUGCCAAAGACUAUGCAACCAAAUGCAUCUGGGAACACAACAAGGAGAGAGGCCGUCGAGGCGAGAAUCUCUUUGCCAUGUCUGGAGACCUGGAGGUGAAGACAAUUGUGGAAAGCUGGUACAAUGAGUACCAGUAUUAUAAUAUGACUACAUUAACAUGUGAAGAAGGACAGAUGUGUGGUCACUAUACACAGGUGGUUUGGGCAAACAGUGAACGCGUUGGCUGCGGGACAGUCUUCUGUGAAACCCUGGAAGUUCUGAAUGACACUGAUAUGCAUUUGGUAGUCUGCAACUAUGAGCCUCCGGGGAAUGUAAAAGGACACAAACCGUACAAGGAAGGAGAGCCGUGUUCCAUGUGUCCAGAAGGCUACUCAUGUAAGGACUCACCUCUCUGUGAACCCAGUGCUGAUGAGGAAGAAACUACUGCAUCCCCUGAACCUUCAGAACCGGAACCAACUGCUACCUUGAGUGACAGUGCAGCUCCCCAAGACAUCACAACAGGUUCAGCACCAGAUAUAUCAGAAAGUACACAAAUUGGCAUAGAAAUAGGAUCUGAAACCCCAAUGGCUGAAGGGCCAACUGCUUCCCCAACUUUACACUUGGACCAUAGAGCAUCUCCAGAACUUCAGAGAGACUCGGAUGGGACUGUUCCCUCUUUGGUGACUACAGGACUCCUAGAGGACCUAACUGUCAGUCCUGGCACCCUAAAAACAGGAACUAAACAAGACACCUAUUCAGAGAGUCCGCCAUCUGAUGACCUAGCUGCACCCAAACCCACCAUGGAGCAGACUCUUACUACCAUUGCACCAGUGCAUUCUAGCCCCAAAAUACCCUCUACUCCUAAACCACCAACCCUUCCCAAACCGCCAUCCAUCCCCAAACCACCUUCUGUUGCUAAGCCUCCUUCCUACCCUAAACCUCCCUCUGACCCCAAGCUUCCCCCCAUCUCUAAAAAACCUGCAAGUCAUCGUUUGUCAGCUUAUGCCAAAGCUAUAAAGAGGCAAAGCAAUGCUAUUCAGUCCUCUGCCGGUAAGACAGCUUCAGUCUCUGUCUGCCUGCCCUGCCUUGGAUGUAAACAGAUUAGCCAACCUGAAGAAAUAAAGGUUGCACUGAAAGAGCUGACCUUCCGAUACCCCUACGCUCCUUGUUUUUCCUCCCUUCCCCGGUGGCAGAGGCAUAGCAAGUGCAGCUGGUGUGGACACACUUGGGGGAAUGCACUUAGGAAAGCUAGGCCUUACUGGCUCAACACUUUAUAGCAGUGUAUAUAAUUAAAGGUAUUUAGAGAGCCAGCAUGUCAUAGUGGUUUGAGUGCUGGACUGUGACUCUGACGACUAGGGUUUGAUUCCUCGCUCGGCCAUGAAGCCCACUGUGUGACCUUGGACAUGUCACAUGCCUUCAGCCUCAGGGGGAAGGCAAUGGCACACCUCCUCUGAAAAAAUCUUGCCUUAGGGUCUCCACAGGUCAGAAAUGACUUGAAGGUACACAACAACAGCAAUAAGCAGAGCCCUUCAUCUUUGGUGCACACAUGUACAUUUGGUGCAUGCAUGCACAUGUGCAGGCAUGUCUGUUCUCUUUUUUGCACUUUUCUGAGGGCAAUAGGAAUGUUGCAUGUCCAGGGGUCUGACCUAGGGGUAGACAGUGGCAAUGGGGCUUUCAAUGAAGCUGGAGGGGGGUUGGGUUGAUGUGGUUUCUUUUUAUAGACCUCAUGCUUUCUCACAGUAAGGCAUGCGGCACAUGUCAGGUUUCUUUUUCUACUUUCCUUUUGCACAAGUUUUUCUGGGGCUAGUGUGUAGAAUGACUAGAGCCCAGGCACAUAAGACUGUCAUGAAACCCCAUACCACCAAGGGACACAACUGUGAUGCAUGGGAGUUUUCAUAAUUAUCCAUAUUACUCCAUAUGCCCUCUAUCUGAGUGCCACUGGACAUAUUUAUUUAUAGGAUUAUGUCUGCAUAUUAUUCCUUUGUCUUCCAUUCUGCCUGGGAACAAGAAAGUCCACACAUGAACUAUGAGCAGUUUCUGCUUGUCAACCCAUUCCUUGUCCAAAGGACCAUAGAUGGUAAGAACCUGAAUAUUGCAAGCAGAACAAAUUAUAUAGGAUAUUUAAAUGUAUAAACCUUCAGUUUAUUCCAAAUUGUGAAUUUGUGCCCCUCCCCCGGUAACAACUUUUUUGCCCAGAAUAUAUUGCUGUGGUCUUAUAAGGUAAUUGGUCAUGCCCAGUGGGAAUGUCCCACAAGCUGAAGUGGCCUGUGUGGAUGCAAGGAAAGUGAAUACCUGAUUAGGGAGACUGAUGUGAGGCUCUAUAGAAACAUAGUGUAUGUAUAUGAGCUACAUCUGACCAUAAAUAAAUGAUGACGUGCACAAGGCUCCAAUAUUUGUGAGUGAGACUGAAUUAUACCUAUGUUGAGCUGAAUUAGUUGUGCCAGGUUCUUUCUCUUCCUUAACAGAAGUCUACAUUGCCACAAUUAUUUAGUUCACACAGCACUAUUAGUGAUCUGUUGGCCCAUUCUCCAAAUGCCUAUCUAAAGAGCUGGCCCUCUUGUUUCAUCCUUACCGCACUAACACAAUAUCAUGAUCUUUCAGAGGGUUUGUUUGCAUUGACCUGAAUUCACAAUAAGGAUCAGGUCUCUCUCAUAUGCAUCUUUAGCUGUAUGCAGAGGUCUUGCAUGACACACACCUCCUUGUUUCCAUUGUUUUGGAUCUGCAUGGAACCAGUACAGGUCCAUUUCUCUUCAGCUGAUGCUUGAUUUCUCCUCUUCUGUUUUUUGAAAAAAUUAAAGCAGGUGGCAGUGAUACUGAAGAUCUGCUGAUGGAUCCACCCAGGGAAGAGUCUGAGCAGCCUACUUGUUCAAACUGCAAUUCUUUCUUGUCAUUCUCUUCUCUUU